CGAAAGAGAGCCCGAACGAGCUCAGGUAAUGCUGGAGAAAUUGAACCAGUCGCAGGAAGGGAGCGUGACGAAGAAUUCUGGUAUAGCGACGGGAACAUCAUCCUCGUCGCGCGCGACGUCGAGUUUCGCGUCUUCAAGGGGAUUCUUGCGGAGCACUCCCCCGUAUUCAGAGACAUGUUCUCUUUGCCUCAGCCUCCACCCGCGGAGACCCUUUCCUCCUCCACAGCAGACGAUAUGUGCCCCGUGGUUCACCUAUCUGACUCUCCCGAAGACCUCCGCCAUGUUCUGCGUGUUUAUAUGCCCAAAGGCAGCCCCAGCGCGUUCUUCCAUGCAACUCCGCCUUACUCGUACGACAUGCUCUCGGCGUCGGUUCGACUCGGCCAUAAGUACCAGAUGUCAGAUAUACUCGACAACGCCCUCGCUUUUCUCAAAACGUACCACCCUACCGACUUCGACGAAUGGUCAGCCCUCGAACACUACGGCCCCCCUGGAUUCGCACGCUCGCGCAUAUACGCCAUCGGCGUGGUCAACCUCGCGCGGCUCACCAACGAAGUUGGCCUGCUCCUCAUGGCGCUUCUCGUCUGCUGCACGAUCAGGGACGAGGCGGACCUCGUCCACGGCUUCGAGCGCGAGGAUGGCUCGCUGGAGCGGCUCUCGCGGGACGACCUUGCGCUGUGCUUCAAGGCGAAGAUACGCCUCAUCGCGGAGUCCACGAACAUCAUGCUGAAUAUGUUCCGCCCGGAAGUCGAUCCCGGGUGCAUGACGAGGGACAGCUGCGCGCGGGACUUCAUGGUGAUCUACGACGAGCUCGAGUACCACAGGGAGCCUCUUACAAACCCAGACGUAUCCGUGCGUGCACCGGGCCUUACGGAUGCGCUCGAGGAGGGCGAGCCGUGCGAGGAGUGUCGGGAGAUGGUGUUGUCCCGCGAGUCGAGCGAGCGGAGAGCGGCCUGGAAGAAGCUCCCCUAUAUAUUCGGCCUCACG